UUGGAGAUGUCUGCCCAGAGGUUAAUUUCUAACAGAACCUCCCAGCAAUCGUCAUCUAAUUCUGAUUACACCUGGGAAUAUGAAUGUUUUGCGAUUGGACCAGUUUCCUUUGAAGGACUCAAGACUCAUAAAUAUUCCAUCCUGAUUGGAUUUUGGGUUGGUCUUGCAGUCUUCGUGAUUUUCAUGUUUUUUGUGCUGACCUUGCUGACCAAGACAGGAGCCCCACACCAAGACAAUGCAGAAUCCUCAGAGAAGAGAUUCAGAAUGAACAGCUUUGUGUCAGACUUUGGAAGACCUCUGGAGUUGGAUAAGGUAUUUUCUCGCCAAGGCAACGAGGAGGCCAGGUCUCUCUUUCACUGCUACAUCAAUGAGGUGGAACGCUUGGACAAGGUGAAAGCUUGUCAUCAGACCACAGCCCUUGACAGUGAUGUCCAACUCCAGGAGGCCGUCAGAAGCACUGGGCAGCCAGAGGAGGAGCUGAACAGGCUCAUGAAGUUUGACAUCCCCAACUUUGUGAACACAGACCAGAACUCCUUUGGAGAGGAUGAUCUUCUGAUUUCUGAACCCCCUAUUGUUCUGGAAACUAAGCCACUUUCCCAGACCUCACAUAAAGACCUGAAUUGAGAAACAUGCUCUGUAAAGGGUCUUC